GCUCGCUAGCGCUGAUGUCAGAGGCGAGGUGAGGUGAGGUGUGCUGAGCCGCUUCCGCGCGGCCAACUCUACGUGCCCGUGUAAGGCUGUCCAAUGCGCAUGCGACGGUGCCUAUGUAAAUGAGAACAAGCCAUCGACGUCAGCGCGCGCGAUGAGGAUUACAUCCUGGGGUACUUGGGUGAGGAGGGGUGAGGUGAAGUUUUAACGGCCUGCCCUCCACCACUGCCUCCCCCAAUUUCCCGUACCGAACUUAUACCCAGCAGACACAAUGCACCCCCAUCUCUCCCUCCCCAGCACCCUCCUCCUCCUCCUCCUCCACGCCCUCGUCGCCCUCCCAGCCCUCGCAAAAAACACCACCACAACAACAACCACAACAACAACAACCACCACAACCGCAAAAGCACUAACCUGGGGUCUCUGUCCCCCCGAAAUAACCAGCGCCCUGCCAAUCCAAUGUGCCGACCUGACCGUCUCCCUCGACUACACCGCCCCAAACAACACGCAAACCCUCACGCUGAACCUGCUCAAAGUCCCCGCCCUGAAAGACACGCCCGCGCGGCGGAGCGUGCUCGUGAACCUCGGGGGCCCAGGCGCAUUCGGGCGGGUUGAGUUGGCGAGGAUGGCGGAGCAGCUGAUGGCCACCUCGGGCGGCUACCACGACCUCGUGAUCCACGACCCGCGCGGCACAGCCAGCACGCUCCCCUUCUCCUGCUACGCGAACAGCACUGCCUACGCAGCCGCGCAAGCGCGACAUCCGGCGCCUGCGGCCAACGCGUCUGACACGGCGCUAGGCACGGCGUGGGCGACGGCGCGGCUGGCCGUGGAAGCGUGCAAGGCGGAUGCUGAGGCCGUGGAAUGGGGGAGCCAUAUCGGGACGGCAGCUACGGCGCGGGAUUUGCUGAGCGUCGUGGACGCGCUGGGCGAGGACGGGUUGCUGAGGUAUUGGGGCUACAGUUAUGGGACGGCGCUGGGCGCGACGGCGGUCGCGAUGUUUCCGGAACGUGUGGAGCGGGUCGUGCUGGAUGGCGCGAUGGAUGUGCUGCAGUACUGGGGCGGGCACGACACGAACAUGUACACCAACACCGACGGCGUAUACCACACCUUCCUCUCGGGGUGCCUCGACGCCGGGCCGGCCAAAUGCGCCCUCGCAGCGCACGCAUCCACGCGCACCGCGCUCGAAACCGCCAUCGACGCGCUGCUGGAAAGUGUCAAGACGGCGCCGGUGCCGUAUCCCGAGAUGGACGUCCUGGUCGACUACACGGCCCUGCGCAACUACCUCCUGCUCGCGCUGUACAUACCGCCGGCGUGGGGCGAGCUGGGCGGCGUGCUGGGCGCGCUGCUGAGCUACACCGAUGCGGCGGCCUCCUCUACUAACGCCACGGCGUCCAACGCCUCUAUUCCCCUCGCGCCCGGCAUUCUCGCCCCCAUCUUCAACGGCCCCUCCAACCUAGCCGUAACACAGAACGCCGAAGCACGGUACGCGAUCAAAGGGUCCGACACCGUUGCGCGGAACCCGUCUUUCCAAUCUUUCCUCCCCGUCCUCGCGGACCUCAAGCGCAAGAGCAAGGUCGCGUGGGACGCGACGCAGGCGGCGUACUUUGAGAUGCUGGUCGCGCUGUGGCCGUUUGCGGCAAGGGAGCGGUAUGAAGGGGAUUUUAGAGUUGCCCCGCGGAAGGGGGUGUUGGUGGUGAGUUUGCGGACGGAUGUGGUUACACCGUUGGCUGCGGCGGAGGAGGUGGUGCGGAGGUUUGAGGGGGCGAGGUUGGUUGUUGUUGAGGGUGUGGGGCACACGACGCUGACGCAGCCGUCGCGCUGCGCCGCCGAGGCCGUGACGAAGUAUUUCCUGGACGGGACGCUGCCGGAUGAGGGGACGACGUGUAACGCUGAUGUGCCGUUGUUCUCGAACUUGACGUGGCGGGAUGUGCUGGGUUGAGAUGGGCCGGCGGGGGUGGGGGAGCGGGAGGCGAGG